AUGUCCAAGCGACCGGCGCUAGAACCUCUCGAGGAAAUGUACGACGCGCCGUCUCCAGCACCAAAGCGCGCCAAGGUCGAAGAUGAAGACAUGGAGAGCCCUCAGCCCCAUGGCGCGACUAGCAAUGGUCAUCUCAUGUCACCGCGCGAGCAAGACCGAGGCAAAGUAGACAUCACAGGCGCAUACGACGAGGAGCAUGCCCAGCUUGAAGAAGCCGGCGCAUUAAACGACGACGAUGACGAGCCCGCAAUCGCUGCGCCGAAACGCCAGACCGCCCCAGAGGCCGGCUACACAGACCUAUACCUUGAUACGAUAAAUCGCAAAGUCCUCGACUUCGACUUUGAGAAACUAUGUUCCGUUACCCUCUCCAACAUUAACGUGUAUGCCUGUCUAGUAUGCGGCAAAUACUACCAAGGUCGCGGCCCUAAAUCGCAGGCAUACUUCCACGCGCUGGAGGAGGGCCAUCACGUAUACGUCAACAUGGAGACAAAGAAGGUCUAUGUGCUCCCAGAGGGCUACGAAGUGACGUCCAAGUCGUUGGACGACAUCAAGUUCGUUGUGGAUCCGCGUAUGAACAAAGAAGAGGUUGCGAAGCUAGACAAGGAGCCCAAGGUAUCAUGGGACCUCUCCAAUCGAGAGUAUAUCCCAGGUUUCGUUGGUAUGAACAACAUCAAAGCGAACGAUUACUUCAAUGUUGUGAUACAAGCUCUAUCUCAUGUUUCUCCUUUGCGGAACUAUUUCAUGCUAGAAGAUUUGUCGACUCGACCGCAGCUCGCACAGCGCUUUAGCACCCUCGUCCGCAAGAUUUGGAACCCACGGGCCUUCAAAACCCACGUCUCACCCCAUGAACUCCUCCAAGAGAUAGCUCUUCGAUCAUCAAAACGUUUUACUCUCUCUGACCAGUCAGAUCCCGUCGACUUCCUCUCAUGGUUCCUCAACAAUCUUCACCUAGCAGUCGGCGGCUCGCGAACAAAACCCAACAGCAGCAUAAUCCAGAAAGUGUUCCAAGGCACGCUGAAGAUCGAGCAACAAGAAAUUACUGCGCGUGCUGAUGCCGGCGAUCGUCUCCGCUUCGAAGACGCCGCCGUUCAAACCGAGAUAUCACGUUUCCUCGUGCUAACCCUCGACCUACCCGCAGCCCCUCUGUUCCAAGACGCCCUCGAGAAGAACAUCAUCCCACAGGUCCCUCUUGUCAAUAUCCUUUCAAAAUACAACGGCGUGACUCCACAAGAAAAGUCAAAGAACCGCGUUCGCUACCGCCUCCUACACCCCUUACCUCCUUACCUCCUCUUUAACAUCAAGCGCUUCUCCAAGAACAAAUUUGUCUCGGAACGGAAUCCAACCAUCGUCACGUUUCCCGUACACUCUCUUGACAUGUCACCGUACGUCGAGCCGAGCCAAGACUACCCUCCCGGCGAGCCUAUCUGGUAUGAUCUUGUAGCCAACAUCACUCACGAGGCGGUUAAGAAAAAGGAUGAUAGUGUCGAAGGUGAGCAGGAAAGCAAGGUUUGGAGAGUGCAGGUCAAGGAUCGAGCGAGAGAGGAGUGGUACGGUAUUCAAGAUUUAUAUGUUGAAAAGGAGAGGGCUGAGACAUUGUUUACCAAAGAAGCAUAUCUCAUGGUUUGGGAGAGGAGAAAGGGGCAGAAACCAAAGGGGCGGUAG